AUGUUGCGCAGGUGCAAUUUUGGUCACCGCGUCGACAUUACGUCGUUUUUUUCCCACCCAACUUGCGCCAUCUACCUUAUCCCGCUUGUUUCCUUGCUUCGGAGUUAUGCAUCCCGCGAGUCAGACGACGUCCGCAUCAAGCGUCUCAUAAUGCCCUUUGCAAAUCAGCAUAGCGAGGGCGUUGUAGUCGUAUGGGCGAUGGGCAAGUGGACGGUUCACAUCCUCGAUCUCAAGGUGAAACUUCAGAUUUAUCAUCGUCCCACAGAUACUCGCAUAUUUCCAGCAUUUCCCUCGCACUUCCCAUCGAUCUUUACUUGCCUUGCCCGCAAUUUAUUUCAAGUUAUCGAGUCUUCAGGCGGUCGUCACAUUUUUACCGUUCGUUGGUCUGACCUUGCGCAGCGCUUCGCAUUGGACGCCAUCGGAUCGUUGGUUAUUGGGCACAGCUUCAACUCUAUUCAUACAGAAUCACAAUUCGUAACAGAUUAUAAUCAGAUGAUGCAUGACAUGGCGGAACCCCUGUACCUCGUUGCGCCUUUCUUUGAGUGGAUAUUCCCGAGGCAGAAGGUGAGCAGACGGAUGGACCGUCUUUUCGAGGGGUUCAACAAGCUCCUCGAAGCCAAGCGCUCGGGAUCAGGUGAAGACCUCAUGACCAUGAUGAUGAAACACCCAGACCUGUCCCAAAAGCAACUUCUCGAUAACAUGGCAGCGCCAUUCUUAGCCGCAUGCAUACGAGAAGCACUCCGCAUUAACCCCCCUGGGGUUUACGUCACCCCGCGCAUAUCACCUGUUGACGUGACCCUCGGAUCCACCAUAACAAGGCAAUCUGGGGUGACCCAGAAGGAACCAUGGUAUCCAUUUUCAACUGGUGCGCGCCAGUGCCCUGCAUACAAUUUUGCGCUUUAUGAACUCCGCACGUUGGUUGCAUUAUUGUUGCAACGUUACGAAUGGUGUCUGCCACAACCGUCUAUCCAUACUGGCGGCUUGAAAAAUGGGUUUUCAGCGUUUGUGCUGGCGUUACCUGCAGAGCUCGACAUCGCGUUUAGCACUCGCUCCCAUGAUCCUUGA